UUUCUUUGCGCAUUAGGAAUUUUUCCAGAGAUUUGGCAUUUUCUUAGCGUUUCUUGCCCGUAGUUGAAGUCUGUUCUCUCUGUUAAUGCAGCCUUUACCUUUAUUUUCUGCUUUGCCUAUCGUCGUCCACUUAGCUGCUUGAGACCGUCUCAUCAUGACGAAGGGUACCUCAAGCUUCGGAAAAAGGCACAACAAAACCCACACGUUGUGCAGACGUUGUGGUCGCUCUUCUUAUCACAUCCAAAAGUCGAGAUGUGCUCAAUGUGGCUAUCCCGCUAAACGCCUGCGCCACUUCAAUUGGUCGGUUAAAGCCAAGAGGAGGAAGACCACUGGUACCGGCCGUAUGCGUCAUCUUAAGAUCGUGCGGAUUAAGUUCCGCAAUGGAUUCCGUGAGGGACCUAGGAAGAUUGCCUUCCAAGCCCGCACUGGAGCCAAGCCCACUGUUGGAGCUAGCAAGACCUCAGCACCAGCCAAAUAAAUUAGCUUGUGUUGGUUAUAAGAAAGGCUACUCAAUACAAUGGGAUCCCAAAA